UCGCCCAGGGGACGGUGGAGGGGACGCGCGGCGGGGGGUGGGGGAGGGAUGGGCGGGCCAGAGCUGGGAAGUGGCCCUUUGCAGACCGAAGACCGGGUGUCCCGUGUGCGGCCGUGGGGACCGAGGCGCUGCAGUCUGACCUGCGGGGACUUGAGCAAAGCGUUGUGCGUUCGUCCUUCCGGGAGCUCGGGAAGCCGUGGUCCCGCGCCUGGGAAAGCGGCAGAAACCGGGCAGAGCCCCCGCCCUGCGCCGAGCUGGGUCCCAGGGGCGAGAGUGUGCGACUUGGAGCUCUUCUCAGUGCUGACAUGAUGACAGUGUGCAGGCCGGCCAAGGGCAACCACAGCCAGACUGAAAACCUGGGCUACAAGUUGGCUGACAAGGUCAAGGUGGAAGGUCCGAAGGCUGGGGAAGACCCUCAAAGGCAGCCACUUAAGUCCUCCAUUCCUUUCCUAGAGACUGAUCAGCAUUUAUCCUUCCGAAGAAGCCCACUGGAAAGCCUCCUCAACUCAGUGCCAGAGUCGAGCGUGGACUGUUUGCAGCAGAACAUGAUCAGCUCAAAUAUGAUCAUCAGCGACCCAGGUUCGGAUCUCAGCGCUAAAGGAACCAGCAGGGCCGGCAAGAGGCAGCACAGUGGUGUUCAGAACCCCUGCCCUCCUGCUCGAGGUGGGGCCCGGCACAAGUCCCUCAGCAUAAAGGACAAGAUAUCAGAAUGGGAAGGGAAAAGGGAGUCGCCCGCUCCUGCCCCUGGCAGGAAAACCGACGGGCAAGAGGAUUACCUGCCGUCCUGUGUGAUGGAGAGGAGGGGUAGCGAGGGUGCAAGGACUCGAGCCAGAGAGGCUCAGAACGGAACAAGACUGGGCCCGGAGAGUAAAGAGGAUGCGAGGAAUAAAGGGGCAGCGGAAGUCAGGGCGUGGGAUGCAGAGGGGAGGCAAGACCCAAGCCAGCCCGCCCGGGAGCUGGCUCCACGUGCAGCCAGAGGCCGGGAGCCGAGUCUUAGCAAACAGCGCUUUCAGAAUGACAGCCUCUCUGUGCUGAAUCAGGUCAAGAAACUUGAGCAAGCCCUGAAGGAUGGGUCUGCAGGGUUGGAUCCCCAGCUACCAGGCACUUGUUAUUCCCCCCACUGCCUGCCGGACAAGGCCGAGGAGGGGCACCCCCUUCCUGAGCCCCGUGGGAGCGGGAGCGUCUCCGAAGUCCGGGCCCACCCCUUGGACCUGGAAGCCAGGGAGGCGGCCCCCGAGGCUGCAGAGCAAAGGAAAGGCUCUUGCGGGAGGCCCUGCGAUCCAAGCCUGGAGAGUGGGUACAGGGAGGACUCCCCCUCGAAACCCUUCAUCAACCCCCUGCCCAAACCCCGGAGAACGUUCAAACACGACGGAGAAGGGGACAAGGAUGGGAACCCCGGCAUCAGCUUCAGGAAGGAUAAAAGGAACCUGCCUCCUCUGCCUUCUCUACCUCCCCCGCCCCUGCCCUCCUCCCCGCCGCCUUCCUCUGUGAACAGAAGACUGUGGAAUGGGAGACCGAAACCCAGUGCUGAUCACAGAAAGUCCUAUGAGUUUGAAGACUUACUGCAGUCUUCCUGUGAGAACAGCAUGGUGGACUGGUACGCACAGACUAAGCUGGGGCUCACACGCACUUUAUCGGAGGAGAACGUCUAUGAAGACAUUCUAGAUCCACCAAUGAAGGAAAACCCCUAUGAGGAUGUUGAGUUACAUGGCCGCUGCCUCGGAAAGAAGUGUGUCCUGAACUUUCCAAGUUCUCCCACCUCUUCCAUCCCUGACACACCAGCCAAGCAGUCGUUGUCCAAACCUGCUUUUUUCCGGCAAAAUUCAGAGAGGAGGAACUUCAAACUCCUGGACACUAGGAAGCUGAGUCGAGAUGGAACUGGGUCCCCUUCCAGAGUCAGCCCUCCCUCCACCCCCAGCAGCCCCGAUGACACUUUCUUUAACCUCGGAGACCCGCAGAACGGCAGGAAGAAGAGAAAGAUACCCAAGCUGGUGUUGCGAAUCAAUGCCAUUUAUGAGGCCCGGAGAGGAAAGAAACGGGUGAAGAGGCUGUCCCAGUCAACGGAGAGCAACUCAGGAAAAGUGACAGAUGAGAACAGUGAGUCUGACAGUGACACCGAGGAGAAGCUGAAAGCCCACAGCCAGCGCCUGGUCAAUGUGAAGUCACGUCUGAAGCAGGCCCCAAGAUACCCCUCCCUGGACAGGGAGCUCGUGGAGUACCAGGAGAGGCAGCUCUUCGAGUACUUUGUGGUGGUGUCCUUGCACAAGAAGCAGGCUGGGGCUGCGUAUGUGCCAGAACUCACCCAGCAGUUCCCUCUCAAGCUGGAAAGGUCUUUCAAGUUCAUGAGAGAAGCUGAGGACCAGCUGAAGGCUAUCCCCCAGUUCUGUUUCCCCGACGCCAAGGAUUGGACUCCUGUCCAGCAGUUUACCAGUGAAACAUUCUCAUUUGUCUUAACUGGAGAAGAUGGGAGCAGGAGGUUUGGUUACUGCCGAAGACUGCUGCCUGGUGGCAAAGGAAAGCGUCUCCCUGAAGUCUACUGCAUCGUGAGCCGUCUGGGAUGCUUCAGCCUCUUUUCGAAGAUCUUGGAUGAGGUGGAAAAACGACGAGGCAUCUCUCCCGCCUUGGUCCAGCCUCUCAUGAGGAGCGUCAUGGAAGCCCCUUUCCCAGCCCUGGGCAAAACCAUCGUUGUCAAGAACUUCUUGCCAGGAUCAGGAACUGAAGUGAUUGAACUGUGCCGCCCGCUGGACUCCCGGCUCGAACACGUGGACUUGGAGUCUCUCUUUUCCUCUCUCAGCGUCCGACACCUGCUGUGUGUUUUCGCCUCCCUGCUUCUGGAACGGAGGGUCAUCUUCAUCGCAGACAAGCUCAGCACCCUGUCCAAGUGCUGCCACGCGAUGGUGGCGGUCAUCUACCCCUUCACCUGGCAGCACACCUACAUCCCCGUGCUGCCGCCCGCCAUGGUCGACAUUGUGUGCUCGCCGACGCCCUUCCUCAUCGGGCUGCUCACCAGCUCGCUGCCGCUGCUCAGGGAGCUGCCCUUGGAAGAGGUCCUUGUCGUCGACCUCGCCAACAAUCGGUUCCUCAGACAGAUGGACGACGAGGAUUCCAUUCUGCCUCGGAAGCUGCAGGUAGCCCUGGAACACAUUCUGGAACAGAGGAAUGACCUGGCGAGUGAGCAGGAUGCCGGGCCCCCGGACUGCAAGCGUGGCCCUGAGCCCAGCCCCCUGAACGAGGUGGUGUCCGAAGCCUUUGUCCGCUUCUUCGUGGAGAUCGUGGGCCACUACUCCUUGUUCCUGACGGCGGGCGAUCGCGAGGAGAGGAGCCUGCAGCGAGAGGCCUUCCGCAAAGCCGUCUCCUCCAAGAGCGUCCGCCGCUUCCUGGAGGUCUUCAUGGAGACCCAGAUGUUCCGGGGCUUCAUCCAGGAGCGGGAGCUGCGCCGACAGGACCCCAAAGGUCUGUUCGAGGUCCGAGCCCAAGAGUACCUGGAAACACUGCCCAGUGGAGAGCACAGUGGUGUCAACAAGUUCCUGAAAGGACUAGGCAAUAAAAUGAAAUUUCUACAUAAGAAAUAACCCUCAACCCAGCCUCAAGAGACAGCUUCCACCUAGCGCAACCACGUGUUUUAACAACAGUCCUGGCGGCCUUUCUGAAACCUUGGGUCCUUGGCUGUCCCAGGUGCUGGGAUAAAGGCCACCCCUCGGAGCUGCCCAGGACCCAGGACCCAGGACCCCAGAGCUGCCUGAAGGUGGUGCCUCCUCAGCACCGCACUGGAAGUGGGACCUGACACCAGGCACGAGCAAAUGGAUCGCUUUGGUUGUUGGUUUUGGGGGUUUUGAUUUUUUUUUUUUUUUUUUUUUACAUCUUAGGUAUUAAAAAAAAAGAAAGAAAAGUGUUUGGCUUUUCUUUUGAUGAUGCCAAGGCCGUGUCACCUUUCUCUGGUUCGUCCUGCCUGGCAGCUCAGCUCUGGAGCGAAGAGAAACGGAGGCAAUGGGAAGGAGCGGCCACCCCAGAACUGGAAACCGGGGCGCUCCUCCCGGCAGGACCGCGGACCAGUGCGGCCGAGGGGGCAGCGCUGCGGAGACCCGGCACACACCGCAGACACCAGGCCCCAGGCGUUAGGGCCGGGGUCCUCUUGAGGAAAGGACCGGCAGGAGGCAGAUCUGGGCCGAAAGGAAGAAUGGAAACCAUAGGAGGAGUUGGCUUCCGGGGAUGAGCUGCGCUUCCAGGCCGGCGGGCGAUGCCAUCUGGUGGCGGAGGCCAUUUGUUGUCCUGCCCUGACUCCUCACCCCAAAUGGACCUGACUUUUCUGCACUGCCUCUUUCCUCUUAGAAGCCAUAGAUAGAACUGUCCCCUGCCUGAGUGGUCCAUGACUUUUAUUUUAUUUUAUUUUUUGGCUUUCUAGGGCUGUGCCCACAGCAUGUGGAAGUUCCCAGGCUAGGGGUCGAAUCGGAGCUGCAGCUGCUGGCCUGCACCACAGCCACAGCAACCCAAGAUCCAAACCACAUCUGCAACCUACACCACAGCUGAUGGCAACGCUGGACCCAUAACCCACUGAGCAAGGCCAGGGAUUGAACCCGAAUCCUCAUGGAUACUAGUCAGGUUCAUUACCCCUGAGCCGCAACGGGAACUCCAGUCUGUGACUUUUAGAGGUACACACAAAAAGAAGAAAUCUUCAUCAGAUAUGUUAAUAAAACAUUCUUGGCGUUCCCGUCGUGGCACAGUGGAAAUGAAUCUGACUAGGAACCAUGAGGUUGCGGGUUCCACCCUUGGCCUCAAUCAGUGGGUUAAGGAUCCGAUGUUGCCAUGAGCUGUGGUGUAGGUUGCAGAUGUGGCUCAGAUCUGGUGUUGCUGUGGCUGUGGUGUAGGCUGGCAGCUGUAGCUCCAAUUGGACCCCUAGCCUGGGAACCUCUAUGUGCCACAAGUGUGGCGCUAAACAAGACAAAAAAAUAAAUGAAUUAAUUAAAAUAAAAUAUUCUUAGUGUCCUAAAGGUUAUGAUGCUGCCAAGAGCCCAUCUGAGAAACAAAGAAGCCAGUGCUUUGACUCUGUUCCUAUUUAUACUCUAUGAAAGUUUCCCCUCUCAGUGCAGGGACGCAGAACAGAGCACAUGAACUAGUACAUGGACAGAAUGAAGGGAGGGCCUUUGCUGCUGAUGUCAAGAAGGAGCAUCAGAGUUCCCGUUCUGGCUCAGUGGUAAGAACCUGGCUAGUGUCCAUGAGGAUGCGGGUUCAAUCCCUGACCCAGUUCAGUGGGUUAAGGACCUGGCAUUGCUGCGAGCAGCGGUGUAGGUUGCAGAUGUGUCUUGGAUCUUGCGUGGCUGUGGCCAGCAGCUGCAGCUCUAAUUGGACCCCUAGCCUGGAAACUUCCAUAUGCCUCCAGUGCAGCUCCCCCCCCCCAAAAAAAAGGAGCAUCAAAACUCUGGGGACAGCAUCCUUAGACUUGUGCAGCCAAAGGGAAAGAAGCAGGGGGGUUAGGUGAAAGCUGCACUCCAGGUGCUCUCCUGCAGGGGGGGAGGCCCUGAGUGUGCUUUGAGAACAGUGGGCAGCACAGACACGGGGUCUCAAAGGAGGCUCAUGGCCACCCCCACCCUCCCCGGCCAGCCCGCUGCCUGCAUAUCCCACAGGUAAAUUCCCUCUGGGUGGCACCAGGAACCCUGCAAAAACCCAAAAAAUGGAUGUGUUCUGACCUUGGCAAUGGCCCAGAGGCCUGUGCUGCCUGGCAAGGGUUCUUGACCUUUAGGGAAUUGGGAGCAAGGAGGUCUUUUGAGGGACAAUAAGAACAAGAGGAAAUUAAGGAGAGGUUGACCGCUCACUCUGCAUUAGGGAUUCUUAACUCGGGUCAUGGACCCCUCCCCCAAAUUGUGUCCAGAAUUUGGUAUGUUCAUUCAUUUUUCAAGGGAGAGGGUCUAUGGGUUUUUGUCUUAUUUUUUGUUUUUUGUCUUUUUGCCUUUUCUAGGCCUGCUCCCAAGGCAUAUGGAGGUUCCCAGGCUAGAGGUCUAAUCGGAGCUGUAGCCACCAGCCUGCAUCACAGCCACAGCAACGCUGGAUCCCAGCCACGUCUUCGACCUACACCGCAGCUCAUGGCAACGCCGGAUCCUUAACCCACUGAGCAAGGCCAGGGAUCGAACCCACAACCUCAUGGUUCCUAGUCCACUUCAUUAACCACUGAGCCACGAAAGGAACUCUGAGAGGGUCUAUAGUUUACAGAAGAUUCUCAAAGGGGCCCAAGGCCCCUCAAAAUGGUAGGAAGCAAACUCUGCAUGACAAAUAACCUGGGUAGCAUAUGUGGUUGAGGGUUGGAGGAGACAAAAUCCCUUGAGUGUGGGGCCUCACAAAUUUGUAACAAUAGCUCCUCAGAUUAGUUAACUUUAUUAAUACUAAUAUUCUGCUCAGAGAUGGUCACUUUUAAUAUUUUGGAAUAUACUUUCUUUUCUAACUUAUUUCACAUUGUUUACUUAGCACCUCGAAGCGAAUAAAUACAUACUUUUGCCAACAUU